CCUUAUUUUAUUUUCUUCUACAGUGAUUAAAAAGCCGGAAAAGACCAAAAUGAGUCUGACAGAUAUAGAUAAAUCCCUGGUCAAGGCUUUCUGGGGUAAAGUUUCCGAAAAGGCUGACAUUAUUGGCCAUGAAGCUCUGGUAAGAAUGCUUCUUGUCUACCCUCAGACCAGAAUCUAUUUUGCUCAUUGGCCUGAUCUCUCUCCUGGCUCUGAGUCAGUAAAGAAGCAUGGCAAAACCGUGAUAGGCGCACUGACCGAUGCUGUGAAUAAAAUUGACGACCUUUUUGGUGGCCUGAGUGCCCUAAGUGAUCUGCACGCUUUCAAGUUGCGCGUGGAACCAGGAAAUUUCAAGAUUUUAUCUCACAAUCUCCUCGUGGCCCUUGCCAUCAAUUUUCCUGCUGAUUUCACUCCAGAGGUGCACAUUGCUAUGGACAAGUUUUUCGCCGCUGUGUCUGCAGCACUUGCUGAGAAAUACAGAUGAAUAAGAAAAGAUCCUUGUUUUCAAAUCAUGAAUUUUCAAAUUGAGAAAUAAAUUCAUUCUUUAAAAAAUGUCUUAUCAUGCAUACUCCACAAAAAAUAACACAAAUUGUUUCUAUAACUCUAAGUGACGAUAAUUGUAUAAAUAUGGUGUUGUCCAGUAGAUAAUCAGGGAUUAAA